CAAUGACAAAAUGAAACAGCUAUAGGGUAGGAGACCGCAAGCUAACUGCAGGAUAGAGAGAGAGAGGAUGAGUCAAGUACUGCACCAUAUCAUUAAAAGCCCAGCUGGAGUAAACGACAUACGGCAUAUAUAUCUUCAGACAGACGCAGUAUUCUUGAAGAGAUAAUAAUGCACUCCUCACAGCCUCUGUUCCUGGGGACAGUGACCUGGGUGGUCCUAACCUUUGUCCUCUCUGUGACCUCCCUCCCUGCCGAUGCUGAGAAGGGAAGGAGGAAAGUUGUUCAUGUACUGGAGGAUGACACUGGAGCAGUGAUCGUUCAGACCGCCCCUGGUAAAGUGAUCACACACCGGGGAGGCUCCAUCACUCUGCCCUGCCGCUACCACCACGAACCCGAGAGCUCCGACCCCAACCGCAUCCGCAUCAAGUGGACCAAGGUGACGGAUGCACUGGUGUUUGAGGACGUGUUUGUGGCGUUGGGCCUUCAGCAGAGGGUGUUCAGAUCGUACCGGGGUCGUGUGUCCCUAGAACAGAAUGGACCGGGAGACGCAUCUGUCAUCAUCCACAACGUCACUUUGGAGGACUACGGACGCUACGAGUGCGAGGUCACCAACGACAUGGAGGACGACACGGGAUUUGUCAACCUGGAUCUUGAAGGCGUGGUGUUCCCAUACUACCCACGGGUGGGGCGCUACAAGCUCAAUUACCACCAGGCUGAGGACGUGUGUAAGGAGCAGGAUGCCAUCCUGGCCUCCCAUGCCCAGCUCCACAAGGCCUGGCUAGAGGGCCUGGACUGGUGCAACGCAGGCUGGCUGGAGGACGGCUCCGUCCAGUACCCCAUCUCCCACCCCCGGGACCAGUGUGGCCGCAAGGACACCCCUGCAGGGGUACGCAACUACGGCUACAGACACAAAGAGGAUGAGCGCUACGAUGCCUUCUGUUUCACCUCCAACCUCAAUGGUGAGGUGUAUUUCCUGAAGCGUUUUAAGAAGGUUAACUAUGCUGAGGCAGUGAAGGCGUGCCUGCGUGACAGCUCGGUGGUGGCCAAGGUGGGUCAGCUCUAUGCUGCCUGGAAGAUCCAGCUACUGGAUCGCUGUGAGGCCGGCUGGCUGGAGGACGCAAGUAUCCGCUACCCCAUCGUCAACCCACGCACCCGCUGCGGAGGGCCCCAACCGGGGGUCCGCCACCUGGGCUUCCCCGACUUGAAGUUCCGCCUCUACGGGGUUUACUGCUUCCGCAAGAACCAAGAGAAUGUUAAUGUUGAUGUAGUUAAGAUGACACAGCGCCCAGGGAAGAGCAGCAAGGACAUCCCCAUGAACACCACUACCACCAGAAACAUCUAGAGAGACUGAGACGAGGGUUUCUUAGGAUCACUGCUGCUACAACAUAGCUCCAUCCAUUGCUUUAAAAUAAACAAUGUUGCUGAACAUUACUGACAAGACAUGCUAAUUUGCAGCAGGAUUCACCAGAAAGAGUGUGGUUCAGUUAGGGGCGGAAUCUUUAUCUCUGUGAUUUCUCUUGUCUUAAAUGAGGUGGCAGUCAUGUUGAGGUUGGUUUGUGCGCACACCAUUGUCUCAGAGAGGCUAGUAAAUGCAUCAGAUCAUUAUUUCCCAGGCACAAAAAUGAAUGCCAUUGUUUACUAUGUGUCUAUUAGAGACAUGGAGAGAGACCACAGGCAUAAUGGGGGCUCAGACUUCACAGUGUGUUCUGUUCUCCAAGUGGCUUCAUUUCUGAAGGAAAAGCAGACUACUAUCAUGCCUAAUCUAUCUGCAAAUGUUGCCAGGUGCCAGCAUGAUGCCCAAGCUUUGCCUGGCAUGGCAGAGCACUGCUUAGAGGUGCCCUUUGAGUUCUACUGCGCCCCCAGUCGUCCGCCUCUAUCCGGUUGCCAUGUUUGGGUAGAGCCAUCUGAAACGUUUCUCCUCAGUAACUAACUAAGUACUGGCAACCGACCAGAGCUCAAUAAACAUAGUGAAUGUUGCACUUUUAAUUAGAUAUAUUUUAUGAGGAAAUGGUUAGUCUAUAGCAAGCAUGUUUUACCUGGAGCUAAUUUUAGUAACUGAUGCUGAUCUAACUGAACUUUGUUAUAGCUGCUUUAAUAGCUGCUUGAUUACACCAUGUUUCUAUGCAGCCAUGGCCAUUGAUUGCACUAUUUGUUCAAUUGUGAAAACCACAAUUUAACUGUAUCAGUCAUUAUCUUGAUGUAUGAAUUGUAUCUAUAGCGAGGGCUAUAUGCUGAAGCUGUGAUUCAAAAGUAAUAAAUUCGAUAUUGACAAUA